AUGAUGAAUCCGGAGGACGUUCUGCAGAGUAUCGCAAAUGUGUGCCGUACCGGCCACCUUGGAGACGCGGCGGCUGCAGGUAUAAAGGCUUACAUAGCAGCGCCAUUCAAACACAGCAACACGAGUCAUAGCUCUACCACUGUCACGAACUCUAGCACUAUGGCUAACAUCCCUCCCGCCAACGUCACUGCUGCUCCACCAACAGGUUUAGGAGGGGUUGGGGGUGGAUUUACGACAAGCAUCCAACAGCAACCAUUCGCGUUAUUGAACACAGUGAAGGACACCCAGGCGAGUCACGUGACUGCUACUGAUGAACUGGACGAACAGGUGUCCAAGAUUAAAAGUUUGAUGAAUCUUCUGUUGCUUUGUGGUGAUCCCGAACGUUUUGGAAGUGUCACUUGUGUAAUAGCCAGUAUUGCCCCCACCGUCUCGUCAAACGUCGUGAACUUCAUCAAAACUGAGAUUUCACCGACGUCGCUUUCCCUUAUAGAUCACGGCCCCGUUGCUUCCUCUCUCGCAUCCAAUGGGAAGUCUAACCCCGUGCUCCUUGCCGCACAGUGCCUCUUCCUGUUGACCCGCCAUUUUCAAAUGAACCCAGACGUUGUGCGAGGGAUAUGCGAGUUGUUGGAAAUACUCCUGCAGGAGAUGUCUUGCCACACGAACAGCAGUACAACCAGCGCGGCGUCGUUCCGGCAGCACCCUUCAACGCGGGGCUUGUGUGCGCUCACGUGGUUCGUGACCAUGUCGUUGGUGAACACUCUCGCCGUAUGGCAGAAGCUCCGUGGUGCCACCGGUGUCGCCCAAGAAAAUGCGUUGCUGGGCUCCAAUAUCGUUGCCGACAUCGAAAAAUGGGCAACUAAUCUCCAUGCAAGGCUCGAGCGCACGCAGGACACGGGGUUCUUAUCUUCAAGUCUUCAGAUGCGCAGAGGAAUCAGCCAGCAGUACCAACACGAUGAAGCGGCGUGGCGCGGUGGAAACGGGAAGCGGCCUCGGUGGCUGGUCAUUGUGGAUGGAUACAUGAGCAUUGUCUUGCUAGCACUCGGAAUGUUUCUCUGCGGCAAAGGUGAUGAGCGCGGACUUGACAAGGCAGUUGAGGCAUUCGUUGGUGACUGUGCGCAUUCAACCGGUGCUGGGCGUCGUGGUAAAGUGAUGAAGUACAUUGUGGAUUUAGCCCCACUGCAAGCCAUGCUCGCUAUUCCACUAGAGUGCAUCUACAUUAUUCCGUAUGAAAUGGCGGCAUACAUGUUUGACGAAAUGCUCGUUGCGGUCAAGCAUGUGGCGGACAUUGACGUUAGUUCCUGUGUGCGGUACUUAGAAGCACUGCAAUCAAAAAGCGACGCAUCUUAUGCCAUAAAGGGUGACGUUGCAGCAGCUGAUGGUGGUUUACAACGUCCCGAGGCAAACAAGGCACAAGCGGGGGAAGAACCCUUCAUAUCUGAAACGGCACACAUACUUCGCGCCCUUACCAUCUGCUUAGAAAACCUUCCAUCAACGGUAUUAAAUCCUGAUAUUGAUGUGGACUGCGCCGUUACGUUCUUCAUAUUUAAAAACUGUGUGACGCACAUGCGAGCCAUCUUCGAAACGCAGCGAUCCAGUGGGGCAUGGGAGGCCUACACAUUGAAGGUGGUGACGCGGUUCUUAGACGUACUUGCAAUGAUUGGUAGGAACCCGCAGUAUACGCAACGAGUGGUGGCGCUGUUCUCUGAAAUGCAAGUGAACUGUGCAGAACUCCAGUGGUCGUCCCUCAUCGCCAAGGCGCAAGCGUGUGCAGGGGCGAGUGGUGAUGCAGUUCCGUUGACGUUGUGCGACAACGGGGGAAGCAUGGCAGCCCUAAGGAAACCGUCGGUAAGUGGUGCGGCUGCUCCAGGACGACACAGACAGUUCACACCGGAGUAUCUACAGGAAAAACAACAAGAAUUCGCCUCCAGUGUAUUUGUGCUCCUGCGACAAAUGGCAACGCAUCCGCUUUUGAGCGAACAAGUGAGGCAACACACAACGCUUAACGUCGUACUUGGAUUCCUCCACGCUACCAAACUGUCACAGUUGGUCCUGGGGAGAGUGCUCUCGCUCAUUGGCUCACUCAUCACAAAUCACGAAGAAGCGGCAUGUGUUUGGACUUAUCUGGAGGAGAGCCAUCUCAUCUGCAGCACUGAAAAUGCGGCAGCGCAAACCAAGGGUGGGCAAGGAUCUUCCACCGUCAUGGGUAACAAACAGAGGCAGGGCGAUAACGUCGCUGUGACGGUGGAGGCACGCUCCCUCCUGGGUCACUGUCAGUAUGAGUGUCAUCACGCAACAUACAGCAUCACCAUUGGGUUCCUUGACCUAAUGUUGGCUAUGUUUAAGUAUCACCGACCCGACGUGACGUGCCUACCAACUUACGCAACGAUUAUUCGCUUUAUUUCCGAGGAAAUCUUCCGAGGAGUUAGCAGGCGCUCCUUUUCAUGUGAGAAGGAACGGUACAUUGUAACUGCUUUAGCUGCCGUUGUGCUGAACCGUGCGCUCUCUUUGCACCUCCCACUUCAUGGGAAAAAUAAUGUUCCAUCGUUUCAACUGGUUAUGGCGUGCUCUAAGGCACCGGCAGAUGUUCUUGGAGAGCUGCUUCAUAUCAUCGGAGAGGCGGCAGGAGCGCUCCACGAGAUGGACAACUACCAGCGGGCGGCGGUUCGUCAAUGUUUGGCUCUGUUGAGGACAGCCAUUACAGUAAAGGAGGAGCAGAGACUAGACAAUAUAUUCACUUUUGAUGCAAGGACGCACAGCAGUAAAGAGUUCGCAGCUCAACUGCUACCGUUAUGUGUCUCUUUUGACAGUCUUUUGGCCAAUAAGGCAUUGCAGGUACUACUGCUUCUGCCACACUCAACACUCAGCGAGGCGGCGAGGUACUGGGACGGUAGACCCGAUGCGCUAGAGACGGUUAUAACGCCAUAUGUGUCGACUCUGCGGGAGGAGGCCGUGAGCAACCCUGUCAUUCACGCACCCCCAGCGCUCGCCGUACUCGACAGCGACGAGGUGCAGCUGUUGAUGCCAUAUGUAGAGACCGAGACAAAAUCACUCAUGUUAGAUCUCCUCAUUCAACACGCGGCCGCCCCACAGCCGUCUAUCACUUCAUGGCUGUGUGGCUAUCAAAUGUACGGUUCCACAGAGGAACUGCUACCCGGGUACUGUCUCGAGCCUAUCAUUGAUGGCGCACGCAGUCGCGUACUCGAAGAAAAAAGCCCGCAUAUUGCUGUCAAGUACGUGAAGCUGUUGUAUCAGCUGCGCGCUAAUCCCUCCUUGUGCACACCAAGCUUGAAGCGCCUCAUGAGGGAGCGGGGAACUGACGAGAUGUUCCAUGUUUUGAAGACGUUGCGGCCAGAUCAGUGCCCCCCGCUCGUGAUGAGUAAGUACGCCUUUGUAAUGAAACUGUUGGGGCUUGAACUCUUUAGCGUCGGUACGGAGUUCCUAGAGGAGCUGAACGCCUUAUCACCCUUGACGCCUCAUGCCAGCGUGGUCGAGCUCCUCUUCCAGUUGUUGCAAGCGGCACCACCGCACGAACUGUACAGACAGACCAGUGAAUCAGGCGCACAACUAGUUCUGGAAGACCAUAACAACGGUGUCGCUUUGGACUUUGCUCAAUGGCCCUCAUCAUGUCUCAUGUCUCUUCCGCCGUUCCCCGCAAACUGCGUAGCGCCUGGGGGGGCGGAGAGUUACGUCUUCCGCGCCAGCGAUGAUGUUCCACAGUAUUCUAUUCCUCGUUUGUACGAGGCGCUCCGAAGAGAGAACAUUGCAAACAAGGGGGAGGCCCCAUCUGGAGCGGAGUUGCGUGAGCAAUUGGGAGUUUUCGCGCGGGCAAAUGAAUGUCUUCUUGCCUACGCGAGUGCGGUGCAGUUUCUCGACGGGUGGUGCACUUUAACGAAUAUCACCGUAGUCGUUCUUGACCGUAUCAGCCAUGAGCGCGUGGUAUACUUGGCGCGGUCUAUGCUGGGCAGCGUGCAGUUAAUAUCCAAUCUUACCGUGGCGGCACAGGAACAAAUUGUACAUCGGGUAAGUCGGACAAUGUCAACCCUUGCGGCGCAACUAAGACGGAAACUGGGAAGAAACACGAAUGGAGAAGGGCUUAGCGGCGCCACAGCAACGUGUGCAGGGGAUGAAGGCCCUGUGGAGGCAGACGUGAGCGUGCCGCAGACCGCACAGCAGGAUGUGACCAGCUUCCUCCAGGUAACAGGUACAAAGAUUUCGGCUUUUGGGACAAAUGCAAGUCUAACAAGGGGACGGUUAACUGGCGGUAGCAAAAGGGAUCCAAGGGGAGCUGUUGUAAGCCGCAUGGACGCAACGGGAGUCAUCUCAACACUCGUGGAGGCCCCCAGCCGCGCGGCCAUACAUUCGGAGAACCUUCAGCUGCUGAGGACCCUCUUGAUUGUUACCGUCCAAUGGGGAUCGCGCGUCCCUCAGGCACGUCAACAUCUCUAUGACGCCAUUUCAGCAUUCCUUAGCAUUUCUGGAACGAAUGUGGAUGACAUUACGCUUCAGCAAUACCAUAAUGCCCUUUUUGACAUCCUCGUCCAAGACACAUCGGCAACUGCUACAAACGGUAACAAGUUUGCCGCCUUACCCCUUCUUAGUCAACUCAUGUAUAUCUCCCCCCAGUUGUGUGAGUUACUUUGUGUAUCACUUACCAAUGACGGGGUCAGUCCUCGACUGAUGUCGUGUGUGGCGCAGUGCUUUCAGGCGAUCGAUGAAUCUAUCUGUGCAUUUUUCAGCCACGGUGGUGCCAGCGUUUCGUCUAUUCUGUGGUUUGUGAGGGUCGUGUUCGACAUGUUAAUGGUCAUCUCUCAGCGGCACUCCCUGCAGCUGUUUCAUGCGAAUGCUCUCACUCACUGUAUGGGGAUGAAACUAUGGAGUACCUGCGCGCGUAUAAUGUUGGGCCACGUGAAGUACGCCGCGGGUACGUCGCUGUCUAAUACAGAAAAUAUUGAAGUGUUUAAAGAGGUCAUCCACAAUGUCCUGCUUUCUACCAUACGUUGGUUCAACGCAGUGCUCUCGGCUUUGGAUAACUCGGAGUCUGCACUAGGCGCCGUCGCGGAUUUUGUAUUUUCCCAGCAGUUACUGUUUCAAAGCGUACUGGUUUCGCCUACAACAAGCGAGCACCGACGCUUCAUCGACACGCCAACACUCGAGAUGUAUGGUGAAAUUGGGGGCCUGCUCCUGCGUCUAGCUUCAUCGCCGCUGGUGGACGAAUGCCGACCGUUUGUGCAACUUUUUGCCUUGACCGAAUUGCUGGAUGUCCUGACGCGAAGUGAGUUCAUCAACACGCCAAUCUUUCUCGAAGACAGAAUGCCAAACUCAGUGGCGGCGGUUCCUCUUUCGAGCAGCCAAUCGGGGUCUCUUCCCUCCAUAUAUCAGCGGCAGCUGAUCGCAGUUGCAACGCAGAACAUCGUCCUCUUUAUUUUCUUCGUCGAGCGACUGGUACAGCAUUUCAACGGCUAUGAGGGAAAUGUCCCUUCAGCUCAACAACAGCCGGAGUUGCAGAAAAAGAGUUACCUGCGCGACGACCCGCGUAGCAGGUUCCUUAUCACGACAAUCACCGAAAAUGUUGUGGCUAUUAUGGAAAAGUUCUGUGAUGGUCAGGUCCUACACGUGGCGACGGUUGUGCCGUACUUCGUUGCAACCCACAGUCUUGUACUUUUGUUGCAUGCAUUCCUUCUGGUGGACCGCGCCUUCUCUCUAAAUAAUGUUAACUCGAACAAUCAAUGGGGUGGCAUCGUGCACGCCCUUGAAGAGGCCCGGCGUGUUGUGGGUCUUUGGCGAGCGCUUCACUCGGAUUAUCAUAAGGGAGUCAAGGUAAGCCGCACCGGAGGUCGCUGGAGUGUUGCCGCCCCAUCCUUGAGUAAUCAGACCUUACAUCAUGCAGCAGUUAUGCCGGUUCCUCCGGCAGAAGUGGAAAGCCCCUCCGCUGCUGGCAGUCGAGCAGCUGCUGGUGAGAUGAUUCAUGCGGACAACGCGGCCCCUGCGCCAGCGGAAAACGGCACGAAUAUGGCGUCCAUCACUUCAGGUACAGUUUGCGAUCGGACAACCAUCGGUGCGCUGGUGGAACUCUCGAGAAUCGGCUGCAUGGACACUGUGAGUGAUGAGCCGCCUGUGUACAAAGCAGUCGAUCAGGUAGUCUUGAUGGAGUCAUUCUUGCGACGGGUGAAGGUGGCAAUCUCCAAUGCGUUGCGGGAGGCCUCCCGUAUGUGA